AUGCCAAAUCCCCGGGAAUUUGUUGGAGCUAGUUCAGGUUCUAGGAGAGGACGUCGUUCAUAUCCAAAGGUUGAAACUUUGAAUAAAGGGUUAAACUGUGAGCCUAUAAUAUUUCAUCGUGAAUAUGCUAAACGAAUUUUACCUCAGCCUUCAAGAGGUAAACCUAGAGGCAAAGCUGGUCGCCCUCGGAAAUAUAAAGUGGAGGUUUCAAAAACUUACCAGGAUUCUCCACCUAUUUCUGAAUCGUUGGAUUCAUUUGCUCGUUCUCCUAGUCUUUCAUCAGAUAAAACAUCAUGUAAACGUCAACGCAGGUUGUCAAAAGAUGAUCCUAAUUCUAUUCCUCGUCUUACUAGUCAGAAGUCUGAUCGGUCGAAUAUCAAGAUCAAGUCAGAUGAAGCUCUCUACAAACUGUCAGUGUCUCAGUCUUCUGAACGAUCAAGUGAUGAUCCAUCUGUUAAAGUUAAAAAUUUUACAUGUCAUGAGUGUGGAAUGCAGUUUAAAACUAAAGGAAGAUUUGACAAACACAUACCUUGUCGCGUACAUAGAAACUCUGAGUAUUUUCAGAAACCCCAUUUAAAGAGAGGCAGAAAAUCAUUGAAUUCAAAGUCAUUGAACAACAUUAAGCUUCCCUCUUGCUCAAUUCAGCGUAAAAAUAGUGACAGCGUGGAUGAAACUUCAUUAAUUGUUCGUAUAAUUGGUAAACCUCUAAAAUCAGACAAUUUCAUCACAUAUUUGAAUGACGAGCCAAACGAAGCAAAUGAUGCAAAUUUCCCACCUCGUAAACCAUCUAUUACAGGAAUUCUAAAAUUCCACCUUUCGCCCAAUCAAACUAUUGAAUUUUUGGUUUGUGCAAAUAAAUUAGCUGUGAAACAGUGUAUUUCAGCAUUGGAUACCAAUUCACUGGUUGGUGAUGAUAGCACAGUAUUUGAUGGGAUGAAUAAUUGUAAUACAAAAGAAUAUUUAACAGAAUUAAACACUAUUUCUUCAUCGCUACCACUCACUUCAUCAUCAUCUUAUCUAUCUACAGACUCUAUAUUAAUGCCAUCCUCCUCAUUAUCUUCAGUGAAUUCCAGUAAAGGGAAUCAAGAAGCUCACACAAAUUUAACAACUGUUUAUCACAAAGAUUAUAUUUUUAACACACAUGAUAUAAAUAUGACAUCUAAUUCAUUGGAAUAUCAUGAUCGUAGUCAAGAUGAAUUACAGGCUGCACGAACCAUUCUAUCAUUAGCUCGUGGAAGUACUGAUGAUAUGGUUUUGAAUAUGGGACAAAUUAUGAUGGAAUUAGAUAAUGCACCAAAAGUGAAUAAUUCAUGUGAAAAGAGAGAUACGCCAUAUAAUAAUGAUAUUAACAACACUAUAACGGAGUUGAAAAUUCAAGGUGAUGAAAUCUCUGAACAUCAUACUCGUUGGAUGUCCAAACAAGAGAAUGAAACAAGUGAUAAGUCAGUGUCUAGUGUAUUAUCUACUGAACAUUCAGUUGGACCAAUCAGUAACUUAAAUGCAUUUUCAAAUACUGCAGUGGAAGAUAAGAUUUCAAAUGAUUUGAAUAAAUGUGUCUCAAGUGAUAACAUAACCACUACAACCAUUACCACCACCAACAAUAAUGUACCGCCUAGUCGCCCUACAGAUCAUUUAAUUGCUAUCCAACCCACAAAGUUAUCAACUCAUUGUACCACAGAUGUUUGGAAUCCAAUUUCUACUUCACAGAAUAGUAGUAUUAAUAACAACAGUAAUAAUAAUACUAAUAAUAAUGUGGUACAGAGAAAAAUUCGUCCACCUCCUAAAAAAAGGCUUUCAACAAAUUAUACUCGAUCAAACUCGUCUCGUUCAUUUACAGACAAUACAAACUCGACUACAAAACUUCAGGACAAUAUUAAUCAAACGAAGACUUCAUCUCCUUCAUCUUCGAUCAACUGUGAACAACUAACUGUCUCACAAUCUACCAAACAAGUUAUCAAUAUAUCAUCAAGUUGCUCGUCUAUUUCAACAGAACAAAUUGAUACGCAACUACCUAGUUUCCCUUCUACUUCAGGGAUCGGAUUACUUCCUACUCCUAUACAAUUUACUAAUGUUGUUUAUGGUAAUCCGAAUUUUAUUUCAUCACAAAAUACACCAUUAACUUCUUAUGUAUCUAACAUAGAUCCUAUUUCACAUCCAUCCAAUCCAAUGAAUGGAUUUACAAUGGUUUUUCCUUCACCUAGACCUAUUACACCUACACCAUCGACACUAAAUGGAUCUCAACCAUCUCCAAGUUUUUUCAUAUUACCUCAGUUAAUGGUUUUGCCUCGAUUUAUUGGUUCUUAUAUACCAAUGAUAACUGCACCAGAACCAUAUCCAUCUACAAUAAAUCCUAUUCAAAGUACCAAUUUGACUGAAACACGAUCAUCUACAUUUAUGACAAGUUCACUUGUAACACCUAUACCUACAGCUCAACCUGAAUUUUCAACAAAUCAUCCACCAGUUAAAACAAUCAUUCUUCAACCUCCUACAUCAACUACUGUAUUUGGUGCUGAUAUAAACACUACAGUUUCCCAAUUAUCAGACGAUCAUCAAUUAAAGCCAGUUAAUAAUAAUACAUAUGAUGAUGUGAAGGAGACUAAUGGAUCCGACUCUAAUUUAAUAUUAUCACACCAAUCAGAUACGUCAGUAAAUUCAGUAAAAGAUAAAUUAUUACUACCACCAACAGUGAUUUCAACUCCAAAUAGUCCAAGUUGUUCUAAAAAAUAUGAUAAUGCCAAAUGUGUAUGGAGCAGUGGUGGGUUUAGCACGACUAAACCAAUCCCAAUAAGACCUGUACCCGAAGUUUCUAGAAUCAAAUCGAACAAUGCAUUAUCAACUGUACAAAAUAAAUCAUUACAAGACCAUCAAUUUCAUACUGGAGCGGGACAAAACGCUUCGGAUCAAAAAAUGUUACCAAUACUAGUUUCCAGUCAUGAUUUAACAAAUAAUUUAACAAAAUUAAAUCCUACUGUAACUACAUGUCUUGUCACCAGUACAUCUGCCAACAAUAUUAUUAUUCCUGCUAUUAAUUACAGUCAUUCUUCCUCUUCUUCUUCUUCUUCUUCUUCUACUUUCACUUCAUCCAUAUCUGGUAAUUUUAUUUCACCGAACAAAAGUGUCGGUGUUGAAAUUUCAGUUGAUAGCAAACAAUCUCAACAACAAGUUCAACACAACAAGCUUGUUACAAUUUUACCAGCCAAUCAACCCGACAGGAUCAAAUGUCAAUACCGACCAAUUCAUCAUAAAAGACGAAUAAAUUUUACAAAGCUCAACAAUCAUAAAAAAUAUUUAUCGAAUUCACUUAAUUCACAACGGUCUAACACUUCUAUACGUGGAAGAUAUCGUUGUCAAGAUAAUUCAUUGCAUACUACCAAAUCCUAUCAUCAUUUAAAGAAACAUUGGCAUGCACAUUCUAAUAUUCGACCGUUUGUUUGUCAUAAUUGUGAUAUUUCUUUCAAAACACGCGGUAAUCUAAGCAAACAUAUGAAAUCUCGUUGUCAUCAUGAUAGGUUUUUACGAGACUCAGGAUUCACCCAAGUUCCUUUAACGAGUAAUAGUUCUGUUACUCCAGUAGUUAAUCAAGAUUUUGAUCAUCACUCUAGAGAAGUGCCUCAUGACCCAACGAUUAAUAAUGAUAACAGUAUAUUUGAAGACCAUCAGAGUUAUCGUAAAUCAUCAAAUAUUUCAUCGGCAUCAUCAUCGUCAUUGUCCUCAUCGUGUAAAACAAGAAACUCUUUAGGAGCAAUCAACAAUCGUUCAAUCCCUUUUGGUAGCAAAAGGAAUCAAGUCAAAUCUUCGUUAUGUACUAAUUUUCAUGGAAUUACUUCUAAAUCACUGUCAUCAACAUCAGCAACAACAACACCGACAUCAAUAUCGUCAUCAUCAUUACCAGGAAUUAUGUCGUCUAAAGCCUCAGCUUUACAGUCGAAUAUUACAUGCUCAAAUGUAGUGGAUUCAUCUAGUCGUAUUCCAGCUCCUAAUGUUAAUGCAGUUAAUUUAUCACAGGAUUUACCAAUGAAUUUAAGUGCUAAACCACAAGAACCAAUUGCUCUAAUAAAAUAUAUUGUUGAACCAUCAGUUUAUACUAAAAUGAAUGGAAUUCAGUCGAAUCAUCUUAAUCAUCCAGAAAAUAUGAUAUGUGAUAAACACGUUUCAAACAAUUGUUUGUCAUCAGCUGAAGUAAUUGUUCAAACGGCUGUUGAAGCAGCUCGCAAUCUUGCUACAGAUAAACCAAAUUUAAAACAAACAGAUAAAUUUAGUCAUUCUACACCAGACUCAAAAAAUUCUGAAAGAAUACCUACUCCAGGAAAUUUAUCUGAUCAUGUAAAACCAAUCGAUGCUCAAGUGAUAAAUUUCAAUACAUCAGAUUUAGAAGAGCAAUAUUACUCUAGAGGAUUAUCCACUUCAACUCCAUGUUAUCAAGAAAAUGGUCGAAAUGAUAAAUCAUGUUCGCUUCCUUCUAGUAGCAGUAGUUGUACAACUUGUACAGAAGAUUCUUCUACAUCAGAAAAAUUAAGUAAGGAUAUAAAACAGAACAAUGUAAAAUCAUUACAUACUUCAAAUAAACCAGAAUCUGAUGCACGACAAAGUCAUGGAGUUAAAUCUCAUGCCUAUUUAAAGGAUCCACGCCCUUAUAAAUGUAAUAUGUGUCAUGUAGGCUUUCGUGUCAGUGGGCAUUUAUGUAAACAUUAUCGUUCUAAAUCACAUAUGUCAAAUAUUUUACAAAUGGCUCAAUUAUCAAAUAGUACAAUUGAACGUAUUUUACAAAGUCAUAUGGGCAAUCUUCAACUUAUUAAUCCCGAUACUGGUGAACUGAGUAUGCGAAUAUUAGAAAAAAUAAUUCCACCUUGUGAAUUUCCAACAAUAACACCCGUUAAUUCAGGAACAAAUGGACAUAACUGA